CAGAACAGACAGUCAGAGGCGUUACCACUGUACGAGCGGGCUCUACAGAUCUAUGAAGAGAUGCUGGGCACAAGCCAUCCACGUGUGGCUGAAACUCUCGUCAAUCUUGCUAAGCUGCUUUAUGACCUGGUGAGUAUACUUUCUCUUUAAUAUACUUUACCUCAGAGGGCCCUCGCAUCCUAUUAGAGUUACAAUAGGGGUAAACCACCACCCGGUGAACUCAGUCGGAAGAGUCCAGUCUGCUGAGCCUGACGUCGCGGGUUCAGAUCGCCAAUCACAUUUUUUUAAAACUAUGGGAAAAUUAUGGUGGCUGCUGUUAUACACCGUCUGUCAGUUUAGAUGGUCGCGUUAGUGGGCGUUGGUUUCUUUCACCUUUCCUUGCCAUUUAAUUAAAUGGGGACAUAAAAGGACCUACACUGCUGUUCGAUAAGAGGAAGGGAAGUAGACUGACCCUUGUAGUGUGGUCUCUUAAGUCAAUCUAGCUAGAAUUUUGGUAUUGGAAUAAGCAAUGAUUAAACAACAAGAGCAACUUUAUUAAAAGCAAUGAAAUACAUUAAACAUACACACUACCUACAUUUAGCUAACGAUAUUCGAGGCAGGCAGUGUGGUACUCUACAUACGUAAAGUGAUACAUUUAAAAGACAUUUUACAAGAAACAUAAAAGAGAUUUACAACAUCAAGAAAAAAGAGGUUAAAAAGAACAUUAGUAAAAUUGAAUAAAUAUGUAAGUAAGUAGAUAAAUAGAGGUUACAAUACAUUGGAUUAAGAUGAUUUUUUUUAAUUUCAUUAAUAAGGGUGUCUAUAUCAGGAUAACUAUCCUGUCUUUGAAGAUCAAGUAGUAAUAGACUUUGUAUUUGUUUCUUAAAACCAUGCUUUGGGGUUUUUCUCAAAUUUUCAGGGAUACAAAAGAGUUUUUGUGAUGAUUCAGUUUGGAGUAUUUCCUAUAAAGACGGAAUUCUUUACACAUUGCGGAUGGAAAGGGGAAGAUCAUUCCAAAAAUAUUGUUCAAUAAUAGUGGGAGACAAUUAUCUAAUGUUUGUUCUAUAAAAGUGCAAUGUGUUUCUAUCAGGGCUCACCAGAGAAAGCAGCACAUCUGUACAAAAGGGCCAAUGACAUAAAAGAGCGUGAACCACAUCCUGGUCUUUCUCGCCACUCUUCUCUCAGUUUAAUCAGCAACAACAGCCCAGGAAAGCAAUCA